UGAGCCUGGCGUAAGUCGGCCAAGUAUAAAAGCCAAGUUCAAGGCGGCCGCGCAACUCAUUUGCACCGUGCGACGCAGACACAGACAUUCACUCGACGACAGGUACCCUGAGAGAGCAUUCACCUUCGACGAGCACCUUCAGCUAAGAUGACGAGAGACAACAGGACACUGAGCCUGGCAUAUUUGGUGCUGGUAGCGAGCAGCGGGCUGAUUUUGCCCGUGCUGGCCGUGCCGCCACCCCCGAGCGCCCGCCAGGCGCGUCUUUCACCCGUCUACCAGCACUCCUACGUUGACGCCGCCUACCCCUCCGCGCAGCAGGAACGCAAAUACGACAAACCCACCAAGAAGAUUGCCAAGGAUUCUGACAAUGAAAUCUCCCUCAACACCAUCCAGGAGAAUGGAUUCUCUUGGGGAACCAUGUUGAGCUCCAUCAUGCAGCUCUUGUUUACCCCUGCCCUCAACGCUGGACCCACCAAGUCCGACAGCAUUGACACUGACUCCGGUGUUUCCAACUCUCCCUGGGCCAACAUUCUGGCUGUCGGUCUGAAGAUCCUCUCCGCAAUCCUUGGUGGUGGUGCGGCCGCCGGCGACGGAAUUGAUAAGGUUGACAACGCAUCUCCCCUGCAGGGUGUGCUGACUGCUGUGCUCUCUGCUGUCAUGGGCGCCAAAGACCCUGAGCAGGUCUCCACUAUGGCCAAACAGGCUGGCGAGUUCAUCAACAUCGUGGUGAACCUCCUCGACGCCCUUAAGACCUCCUUCAGUCAGCGCUCCGCAAACGCCAGAUCCAUCGGCCAGAAGGACAUCAUGUCUGAGGCUGGAAUUGCCGGAAUUACCCUCAUGAAGGCGUACGUCAAGACAAUCAACACCUCCAACGAUGAGUGCAAAAAGCUGUACAUUUGUGAAGGAAGCAAGAGCUGCCAGAGCGAUCUUCAGGGUGGUGCCACCUCCCUUUGCCUCUUCUCAGCGUACACGACCAGCAUGCUCCUGGAGAAGACGAGCAGCUUGCCGUUCACGCAGUACUACGAAGCUAGCCGUCGCGGCAGAAGCGGCGUCAACUGCUCUACGGCCUACGAAACUUGCAACGACGUCUAGUUAUCUGAACGAGCGAUGGAAAAACCCCUCGGGAUGCCAGUCACUGCGAAGGAACCCUCUCAUCCUUUCACUCUUAUUUAAUGAUAUAUUUAAUUUAUUUAUUCCCAACGUACGUUCGACCCGGAGGAAUGGACAAAACUUGGACUGAAAUCGGCUCAAUUAUUUUUGGUGCUCCACCCCACGAACCAACAAACGAACAAACAAACUGACGCUUGACGAGUUUAUGCGUACACGCAAAUCCAGGUUAAAAUGGGCAGACGCGGGAAAAGGUGGAGGAAUUGGACGGGCGCAUCGAAGCAGCAUUUAUUUUUUACUCUUAACGACACUCAGACCGACUCUGGACCGAUGUCAGACUGUGCGACCCAAACGAGUCCCCUUUUCUUCUUCUGCAGACUGUGAAACGAUGUAAUUUAUUGUUUUCUCUCGCUCGCUCGUCGACGCAUUUUAAUUAUUUAUUUCAGCAGCGACCAACGCACUCGCGUCGUUAUUUAUUAAUUUUUUUUAAUUUUGUUGUCGUUCUGCCAGCAAAGAGUGUGGCUGCGAAAUCUAGCUGGAAAAGCAGCCUCUCGGAGUGCUUGUCAAGUAAAAGCAGUUCAUUUUCGUAGCUUGCAGCGCAGUGCAAGGUUCUGCUUAAAAAAUGGAAAAAAGACAAUGUAUUAUAAUUGCACAUUUAAAUGUAAUAAAAAUGUGGAAAAGGAAAAA